AUGGAAGUUGUGAUCGAAUUUGGGAAGCACAAGGGCCAGAAGCUUGGAGAAAUUCCUCUUGGCUAUCUUCGCUGGGUAUCGACUAAAAUGGCGAACGAGAAGAUCGGGAAGAUCGCAAUGGAAGCUCCCCGGCAGCGGCAGAUCUCGACCCCAUCGCGGGUGCCAGUAGAGCAACAAUCGCCAGCGCCAGGUGAUCUCUUGAUCUCGAUCCCAGGUGAUCAAGAUCAUGAAAUCCAGCUGCGCCGCGGGCGUCAUGUCCAAGAACGCACAGGGGUCGUCGAAUUCGCGAGCGUGGAUCUGUGCGUCUCUGCACUGCGAGGCUUCAGCGGCGGGAUCGUCGAAGCCCGGGUUCUGGAGGAGCGCGUCAUCUCCAGCGCUAGAGUGUUCGCAGCAAAUCGCCGCUACUUGUCCAACCUCCUGCUGCUCGCCUAUGGCAAAUGCGGCGGGGGCGUGAGCGACGCAGUCCGGAUCUUCACGGCGAUGAGCAGCAAGGAUCACUACUCGUGGAACACCAUGCUCAAGGUCUUUCUCGACAACCAUCUCUGGCUGGAAGCGGAGAGGCUCUUCAACGAGAUGGCACCUGGAGUGGCCAACUGCAUCGCUUGCACCGCGAUGAUCUCUCUGUAUUCUUCGCAGGGGAGAGUGGCGGACGCUUGCGCAGCCUUCGAUCGCAUUCUUUCGCCGGACACGACUGCAUGGAACGCCUUGAUGGCGUGCUUCAUGAGGAACGAGGUCUCCACUGAUGCCCUCACUGCGUGUUUCGAGCGAAUUCCCCACAAGGAUCAAGUAUCAUGGAACCUUCUCCUUGCAGGGCUGGGGAGAGCUGGGCAUCUCGCAUUCCAGAAGAUGCCCGUGUGGGAUUUGGUUGCCCUCAACACUUUGGUCGAGAAGAGGGGAGCUGCCGGCGAGAGGGCGAGAGAAGAAUCGUGUGAUCUGCGUGCCAGCGAGAAGGACAUCGUCUCCUGGGCUCUCCUCCUGCGCGAGUAUGCCCACAAUGGGCAGCUCGAGGAGCUCGGCACCUGCUUUUUCAAGAUGCCGUGCCACAACGAGGUGGUGGCAACGCUGGUGCCAUCCGCCUUUGGCAAGCAGGGAUACGUGGAAGCGGCAAAGGCCGUGUUUGAUCGAGUGCAGGGCUUUGGAUCGUGGACCGCGCUCGUCACGGCAAAUUCCCACGCUGGAGAGCUUGGCGAGGCGGAAAAGGUUUUCUACCUCAUGCCAAUGUGGGGCAUAGAAUCGUCUACUGCGAUUAUGUCCGUGUAUGCAAGAAACGAUGUGGUGGACAAGUGCGACUGGGUGUUUUCCGAUCUCAUGCAACACCGUGACGCCACCACCUGGACCGUGCUCAUUGCCGCAUAUGCUCACUCAGGAUAUUAUGUCUGCGCGCGUUCCGUUUUGGAGAGGAUGCCGAUGGCGGAGCUCACGAGCUGGAAUGCAAUGCUCAACUCGGAAAGAGAGGAUCAUCUAAUGGAACUGUUCAACGAAAUGCCGGAGCGCGACAUAAACUCCUGGACUCUCAUGGUGUCUGCAUUUGCCAAGCGCAGGGACAUGUCUACUGCGCUGAAGCUUCUGGAUCUGUGCCCGGCGUGGGCAGCCAGCGUCUGGAACGCGGUGAUUUCUGGAUAUGGACGCCAUGCUUGCGUUGAAGAGGCAGUGGGGACGUUUUUCAAGAUGCUACUUGACGGUGUGGAGCCCGAUUCCGUCACCUUCGUCUGUCUGUUGGGAGCGAUGAGCUUUGCUGGAGAUCUGGAGAAGGUGAGGGCAUGGUUCCUGGUUCUGCGGGACUUUGAUAUUGAAGAGGAGAGGAGGCACUACUACUGUGUGAUUGGUGCGCUUGCUCGAGCAGGCAGGGUGAGCGAAGCUGAAGAACUCCAGGAAGCCAUGCCCUUCACUGCCGAUACGGGCACCAUGUUUGCUCUACUAAAUGCGAGCAAGCUCGAGGGUGACCGUAAGGGUGCUUCGAAGGCAGCUCGGAAAGUGAUGAGCCUGAAGUCAAGUAACACUGAAGUUGUCAUGGCCAACAUCUUGCUCAGUCACGCCAACAAAGGGCGCGUGACGUUCAGUUUUCGUGCUGGAUGA